CCAAGCGGACGAGAACCAGCAGCUCUUCGUCUCCACUCCACUCUCCAGUCCAGGGCGGCGGCGCACGGGCACCUCGCUGCUCGCUCCUCACCGCCGCCAGAAACUCAGCCACGCGUCUCUCGAGUUCUCUAUCCAUCGCAUGGCUCUCGCGUGCGCCACUCACGCGCGCCGCUUCCUCGUCGCCGGCCCGGAGAGAUCUUUCCACGCCCAGCGCUACCAAGCCAAGGUCGGCGUGGUGGAGUUUCUGAACGGCGUCGGCAAGGGGGUGGAGGCGCACGCCUCGAAGCUGGAGGAGGCUGUGGGCGGCGACCUCCACAGGCUCCUCGAGGCCCGCACGCUGCGACUCAAGAAGCUCGGCAUCCCCUGCAAGCAUAGGAAAUUGAUUUUGAGUUUUGCUCACAAGUACCGUCUUGGUCUCUGGAAGCCCCAAGCAGAACCCAGGAAAGUUGAAUAAAGUUGGUUUGUUCUUAGGACAUUGAAUAUUUGCUUUGUAAUUUAGGAGCCACAAAUCUUUGUUCUCUGUCUCUGGCCAUACUUUUUUGCAACCUUUGCGCAAUUUUUUCUAGAAAAAAUCCAACUUCGCGUGGUGUCAGUUUGUUCCUUUUGUAAUAACAAACCGUAACUGGUGCAGCCCCCCUGUGAUAAUCUAUCACCUAAUGUUUGUGUUGUUCAUUAGGUUUCUUACCAA